GCGCUGCCUGCUCCAGGUCUCGGGACGCUGUAUAAGGCGCAACAGGCGGAGAUUAUCAGGCGAGCGCUGGCGUAGAUAUACUGAGAAGCAAAGGAUAUGCAAGGAUUUGAACAUGUACAGACAGCACCUCGAGUAGGAAGCGCGGUUUUUGGAGCGGCGGUACGCUGACUUCCGUGUUGCGAGCUGCGUAUGCGUCGAUGCGUGAGGCAGAAGGUGCUCAAGAAGCAGCGAACUGGAAAUUACUCACCCUGAAGUACCUCUGCAAGGACGACAACACGCGUCAUGCCACUGAAAAUGAUGUAGUCGACGCGCUCGUGCCCAUUCUUCGUGCGAGCGCACGCGUGAUAGCGGAAAGCGUGGCCCCUCCCCUGUCCGAUGGCGCUGCAGCAAUCGUCAGCUUGACUGAAGAAAUUUGGCACGACACAGUACACUUCGACAUCUGUUCGCAGGAGCUGGACCUUACCUUACCCAGAACCAAUGAUCCAUAUCUUAGCGCGGAGAUGCCUGUGGAGGAAGAGAAAGUGGUCGAAGGGGAGAAAGUCGCAGCAGUAGCGCUGAGGGUGACCAGACGUGCCGGCCAUGCUCACUCGCACGCUCUGAUGAGCGCAAAGGUUCUCGUCGGAGACACAGCCAGGCGACUUCGGGGGGCUAGCGGUUGAUACUCCCUAAAAUGGUCCUUGGAGACCGCUCGCGAGCUUCUCGUUGUACACACAUUCGCCGAUCUGUCAUUCUUAUACGGCAGUGAUGUGGAUUCAUGUAGACGUACUAUAUACGCAGUCGUAGAGUGUCCGAACAGACGACAUAUGCACC